UUGCUCCACGGGGAGAGACUGCCCCUGGAGUAUUCUGCUUUUAAUAAGCUUCCCAAUCAGCUCUCGAGUGCAAAACGCUCUCCCUCCCUCGCCCAGCCUGCGUCCUCCUGGCCCGCUCCUCUCAUCCCUCCCAUUCUCCAUUUCCCUUCCGUUCCCUCCCUGUCAGGGCGUAAUUGAGUCAAAGGCAGGAUCAGGUUCCCCGCCUUCCAGUCCAAAAAUCCCGCCAAGAGAGCCCCAGAGCAGAGGAAAAUCCAAAGUGGAGAGAGGGGAAGAAAGAGACCAGUGAGUCAUCCGUCCAGAAGGCGGGGAGAGCAGCAGCAGACCAAGCAGGAGCUGCAGCGAGCCGGGUACCUGGACUCAGCCGUAGCAACCUCGCCCCUUGCAACAAAGGCAGACUGAGCGCCAGAGGGGACGUUUGCAACUCAAAAAUGCAGGCUCAACAGUACCAGCAGCAGCGUCGAAAAUUUGCAGCUGCCUUCUUGGCAUUCAUUUUCAUACUGGCAGCUGUGGAUACUGCUGAAGCAGGGAAGAAAGAGAAACCAGAAAAAAAAGUGAAAAAGUCUGACUGUGGAGAAUGGCAGUGGAGUGUGUGUGUGCCCACCAGUGGAGACUGUGGACUGGGCACGCGGGAAGGCACUCGGACUGGAGCCGAGUGCAAGCAAACCAUGAAGACCCAGAGAUGUAAGAUCCCCUGCAACUGGAAGAAGCAAUUUGGAGCGGAGUGCAAAUACCAGUUCCAGGCCUGGGGAGAAUGUGACCUGAACACGGCCCUGAAGACCAGAACUGGAAGUCUGAAGCGAGCCCUGCACAAUGCCGAAUGCCAGAAGACUGUCACCAUCUCCAAGCCCUGUGGCAAACUGACCAAGCCCAAACCUCAAGCAGAAUCUAAGAAGAAGAAAAAGGAAGGCAAGAAACAGGAGAAGAUGCUGGAUUAAAAGAUGUCACCUGUGGAAUAUAAAAAGGACAUCAGCAAACAGGAUCAGUUAACUAUUGCAUUUAUAUGUACCGUAGGCUUUUUAUUCAAAAAUUAUCUAUAGCUAAGUACACAAUAAGCAAAAACAAAAAGAAAAGAAAAUUUUUGUAGUAGUGUUUUUUAAAUGUAUACUAUAGUACCACUAGGGGCUUAUAAUAAAGGACUGUAAUCUUAUUUAGGAAGUUGACUUAUAGUACAUGAUAAAUGAUAGACAACUGAGGUAAGUUUUUUGAAGUUAUGUGACAUUUUACAUUAAAAUUUUUUUUUUACAGUUUUUGGGCAACAAUUUAAAUGUUACGACUAUGUAAACUACUUCUCUUGUUAGGUAAUUUUUUUCACCUAGACUUUUUUCCCAAUUGAGAAAAAUAUAUACUAAACAAAAUAGCAAUAAAACAUAAUCACUCUAUUUGAAGAAACUAUCUUGUUUUCUGCCAAUAGAUUUUUAAAAAUGUAAUCAGCACAAUGGGGGUGGGGAAGCAGAGCAUGCCCUAGUUCAAUGUUGACUUUUUUUUUUUUUUUUUAAAGAAAAGCAUUAAAACAUAAAAUUCUCUCACUUUGGCAGAAGAAUUUGUUUUCUUGAUGAAAUUAUUUUUCCAUCUGAGGAAAAAAAUACUAGGAAAAUAAAUCAAGGUGAUGCUGAAAAAAA